GGGCGGGUCUCGCGGGGAGGGGCGUCCCGGGGUCCCUCCCUCCCGCUCCCCAAAGUUCUGCCCCGUGCCCCUUCCGCCCCCGCCGCCCGCAGGGAAGUCCCGACGCCGGGCGGGGCGGGGCUGUGCCCGCUGCCCAUCCCGGGCCGUUCCGUGCCCGCUGCGGGCGGGGCCGUGACGGCGCUUCCUGGACGGGGCAUGGCGUUGGUCACCGUGCGGCGGGCGCCGGGCUCCGCCGGGGUUCCCCCCGUGGAAGAUGAUGCGCCCAGGCGCGGCCACCUGCAGCGGCGGCAGAGCUUCGCGCUCGUCCGGGGGGCCGCACUGCUGCUGCCUGCCGAGGAGCCGCCGGCCUCCGGACCGGCCCCCGCCGUGCCCCCCGGGCGGCAGGAGCGGCACCUCCAGCUCAUGAUGCAGCUGCUGAGAUCACAGGACGCCAUCCAGCUGGCAGUGCAGCUGGAGUCAGCGCAGCCACAGCGGGUGCGGUACCUGCUGGUGGUGCGGCCAGAGGAGGUGGGCGCCGAGGGACAGACAGCACUGCUGGGCGUGGACUUCCCACAUGAAGGGGCCGACUGCUGUACCCUGGGCAUGGUGCUGCCCCUCUGGAGCAACACCCAGGUCUUCCUCGAUGGUGAUGGGGGGUUCAGUGUGACAUCCGGGGGGCAGACACGCAUCUUCAAGCCCAUCUCCAUCCAGACCAUGUGGGCUGUGCUGCAGGAGCUGCACCGUGCCUGUGAGCUGGCAGCCCAGGGUGGGCACAUCCCAGGGGGCCCAGCGCUGGCCUGGGUGCAGGAAUACGCAGCAGCACUGGACUCGGAGCAGAGCUGCCUCAAUGAAUGGCUGGCCAUGGCCGACUUGGAGUCCGUGCGGCCCGGCUUGCUGCUGCCCACAGAGCCGACAGAGCGCGCGGUGCGGGCACUGCUGCGGGACGUGCUGACAUCUGCUGACCUGGAGAGCAUCACCUCCAAGGAGGUGAGGACAGAGCUGGAGCGGCGCGUGGGGCACAGCUUGGAGCAGCACAAGGAUUUCAUUGACAACGAGAUGCUGCUGGUGCUGGCGCAAAUGGACCGGCCUUCACACGUCUUCCCACACAUCUACCUGGGCUCUGAGUGGAACGCAGCCAACCUGGAGGAGCUGCAGCAGAACUGUGUGACCCACAUCCUGAACGUGGCACGGGAGAUUGACAACUUCUUCCCAGCACUGUUCAACUACAUGAAUGUGCGGGUGUACGACGAAGAGACGGCUCAGCUGCUGCCCCACUGGAACGACACCUUCCUUUUCCUCUCUGACAUCAAGGCCCGCGGAGGCCGGGCGUUGGUGCACUGCCGCAUGGGACUGAGCCGCUCGGCAGCCACGGUGCUGGCCUACGCCAUGAAGGAGUUCGGGUGGUCCCUGGAGCGGGCGCUGCGCCACGUCCGGCGCUGCCGGCCCGGCGUGCAGCCCAACCCCGGCUUCAUGCGCCAGCUCGACUUCUACCAGGGCAUCCUGAACGCCAGCCGGCACAGCAGCUUCUGGGAGCCGCAGGCGGCGGAACGGGCGGCGGAGCCGGAGGGGGCCGUGCCGCGGGACGCCGGGGCUCUGCCUCCGUCCCCACCCGCGUCCUCACCGCCCCCCGAGGAGGACGGCAGGCCGGGGCCGGUGGGAGCCGCCCGGCGUCCCCGCAUCUCCUUGUGUGCGGUCAUGCGGAGCAUCAGCCAGAUGGAAACGCCCGAGAACGUCGAGGAGCCCCCGGGCGGGGAGGUGAGCGCGAGGAGGCGGCGGGGGGCGGCGGGGCUGCGGGUGGCUGACGGUGGGUGCGGGGGCACCGCGGAGCGCGCGGCUCUUCCUGCAGGCUGCCGCUCCCACAGGUGUCCGAGGGCGGCCAGGGGGACGCGGGGGGCUUGGAGGCGGCUCCCCUACGACCGCGGCCCCGGUCCCGGCCGUGCCGCGUGGUUCGCCAGGCCAGCGUGGAUGGGGACGGCGUGCCUGCGGAGGAGCGCGGCCCCGCGGAAAGCUCCGUCCCCAGCGGGGAGCCCGGCCCGGCCGGCGCCCCGUAGCCCGCACGGGGCCGUCGGGCAGCGCUUCCGCGCGACGGCGCGGCCGGCCCCGGUGGAGGCGGAGCCCGGGGGAACGACGCCGCUCCGUUCGCACUUUGUGUCACCGCACCGCCGCUAUCACCAGCACUCACCGGCCCGAGAAUAAACCUUGAGAAGGGA